AUGUUGAGGUUUGUCCUGUUCACCACGCUCGCAGCCCUCGUGCUGGCUGAGCUCGAGCCCCAGCCCAGGUACCUGGAGGACAGUGUGGAGGAGAGGGUUGUUGGAGGAGAGGUGGCCAAACCCAACUCUUGGCCCUGGCAGAUCUCCCUCCAGUUCAAGAGUGGAUCCAACUUCCAUCACACCUGCAGAGGCACCCUGAUCAAGAGAGGAUGGGUCAUGACCGCUGCCCACUGCGUCGACAGCUCUGUGUCUUCCUCUGGCUGCAACGCCUACAGGAAGCCCACUGUCUUCACCAGAGCUUCGGCCUACAUCAGCUGGAUGAACGGCAGCGAUGGGGAUCCAGCCGACACUGAGGAAGUGAAGCAGACCCAAGACAUGCUCAGAUUUGUCUUGUUCACCACGCUGGCAGCCCUGGUGCUGGCUGAGCUGGAGCCCCAGCCCAGGUAUCUGGAGGACAGUGUGGAGGAGAGGGUUGUUGGAGGAGAGGUGGCCAAACCCAACUCUUGGCCCUGGCAGAUCUCCCUUCAGUACCAGAGUGGAUCCAACUUCCACCACACCUGCGGCGGCACCCUGAUCAGGAGAGGAUGGGUCAUGACUGCUGCCCACUGUGUCGACAGAACCAGGACCUGGCGUGUUGUUCUUGGAGAUCACAACAUCAACAGUAACGAGGGCCGUGAGCAGUACAUGAGUGUGAGCCGCGUCUAUCUGCAUCCCCAGUGGAACCCCAGCAGUGUUGCCGGAGGCUAUGACAUCGCUCUGCUGCGCCUGUCCUCUGAGGCCACCCUCAACAGCAACGUGCAGCUGGGAGAACUUCCCCCCUCUGGACAGGUCCUGCCUCACAACAACCCCUGCUACAUCACCGGAUGGGGACGCACCCAGACUGGUGGUCAGCUGUCUGCCUCACUCAAACAGGCCUACCUCCCUGUGGUGGACCACAAGACCUGCACCAGCUCUGGCUGGUGGGGCAGCACUGUCAAGAGCAGCAUGGUCUGUGCUGGAGGUGGCAGUGAGUCUGGAUGUCAGGGUGACUCCGGUGGCCCUCUGAACUGCAGUGUGGGUGGUCGAUGGGUGGUCCAUGGAGUUACCAGCUUUGUGUCUUCCUCCGGCUGCAACGCCUACAGGAGGCCCACUGUCUUCACCAGAGCUUCUGCCUACAUCAGCUGGAUGAACGGCAUUAUGGGAUAA